CAACUCUGUUUUCGCUACGUUUAUCCGGAUCAAACAACAUUUUUCAAAUUUCUCUUGUGCCUUGACCGAUACAUACCUAAAAUUGGUUCACGUGACUGGGCAAUACAAUGUUCAAAAGAAGCAGGUGUGGAUUAUACGCCCGUAGAUAAAUGUGCAACUUCUGAUGUUGGAAAAAAUCUUUUUGUUAAAAGC